AUGUCUACCAAGCAGGAUCUGUAUACUCUACAACGCAUGGAUCCACCGAAUCAGAAAGCGAUUUAUCCCUUGAAUUCAAAAAAAUCGGAGACGGGAAUCGGGAUUCCCAAAGAUUGGAGAUAUUAUCAAGUCCGUCCCGCCGCUGGUCUACAGUUCCGGAGAUAUGACGAAAAUAUGUACGAGGUGUAUAUUGUGCGAAACCCAAAAUUUGAAAGAGGAACAGCUGGCUUGAAACUCUUUCAUCAUCUAAGGAGAUCUUUUCUCGCCUGCCCGGGUAUCAGAGAUGCCAUUGUAGUCCCUGUCCAGAAGAUCGGCUUCGAUUAUUGCACCACGUGUGUUGCUCUCCUCGUGGAACUCGCUUCCACGGAGUUCCUAUAUGAUGAGCAAAAGAAGGACUUAAUUGAAAAACUCUGGCCUAAUGUUGCCAAGACGAAUAUUUAUUCUCGUACUGAUGCUUUUAAUUUUGAAGAAGAAUAUCUUGUUGGUGGGUCCACGAAAACCGUUGGCUAG